AUGUCUAACGAACUAGAUAACUACUCACUUCUUUUUCUGACCAAUGUAUUUUCCGCAGCGGGUACUAUGUACUCAUGCAUGGACGCCUUUUCCAGACCGCUUACUGUAUGGGGGUGUACUUUUGGUCUAGUUGGUUCCGCUACGUCCAUUGCCCUUAGCAUCCUGGUCGGUACCGACAUAUUACUGGGGGAUGAGGCAAACGGGUUAUACUCGUUUGACAAUUCCACGUCGCUGUUCUAUUCGUCGAUGAACAGCCAGUACUGUCCCGUGACGGCUUAUUUGAAGCAGAUAGAAGAAGAACAAGACGCUUUCCGAAUAGCGUCUUGGAUGGACAACCCCCAGGAAUGGUGGAGCGACCUGAAGAAUGGGAUGAAGCUAAUUAAUGGCUCCCUGGACAAGAGAGUGCGUGAGAUCGCAGGGUCAAACAGGAAGUGUCUGACCUACAAUGUCAACAAACUCCUCCCUGCCAACUAUAACUUAAUGCAGUACGAAGUCUGUACUUCAAGAGCCGGACUUAAGUACCUACAGGAUGCAGAGCUGAAACGGCAGGGCAAGAAAAUGCUGGCUCAAGUCAAGAAACUAUUGAAGGAGAAGGACAUCACACCGAAACGGACCCUGAUUAACCGCGGGUACACCAGAUUUUUCGGAGACAAAGCUGUCGAGUUCACGGAAAGAUUGGUCGAAAUGGCCCAAGCUUUCCACGAGAAAAGGGAACUCGAGCUCAGUCUGGACAACUCCGAGAAUGAAUUCCUGUUCUCCAUUAAACUUUUCAAAGACGUAUAA